AGAAUGAUGUCUGUAAAUAUCUGGAUGACCACUAUGUGUUGUGUUGAAAACGCACAAGUGACUGCAGGGAAUUGCAGAGCAGAGCUCAGCCCUCUACUGAUUGGGAAAUCUCCGAAGACAAAAAACUGGGCAAUUGUAAAACCCACAGCAACCAUAAAGACACAUACUUUCCCCCCUAGCAAUCCCACUCUGGAUCUGAUGCAAAAGAGCCCCGCGCUGAGCCCCUGGGUGCCAGCAUCUUUUUUGGACAUGUUCAAGCUCCUUAGCUGCUUUAGGGACGAUUCUCCCAUCAGGUCCUCUCUAGCCGGGCGCUUCUCUAUGGUUUCCCCCUCUGGGCCGCUCUAGCCUGCGCAGGGGGCGGGGAGGCGUCCGCGGCUGCCUUUCUAGGCUGCGGGAGGCUCCAGGGGGCACUUCGCUGGUCGCGCUGGGCCAUGGGGACCGUGAAGAAAAUGCUGGUCGCAGUCGCGAUACUGGGCGCAGGGGCUGGCGUGGGCGCCGCUCUCUUUGCGUUGGUGACCCCGGGAGAGCUGCAGAAGCAAGCAAUGCUGAAGGAAAUGCCGGAGCAGAACCCGCAGCACAGGGAGCAGGCGGCCAGGACCCAGGAGCUAGUGCUCGCCACUCUGCAGGAGGCGGCGGCCACGAACGAGAACGUGGCCUGUAGGAAGAACUGGAUGGUUAGCGGCAGCGGGAGGUCAGCGUGAGACCAGACUUGCCCCUGUGGGAGCUUGGACGGUAGCUCGGGCGCACUUGUCCGAGGCAGUCUUUCUUCUCUGGGGUCCGGACCCGGGAUGUUGUGCCCAGGACUCUGCGGGGCCCCGGGACCUGCCGCUGGGUGAGCAUGUCUCCCCUACACACACACCCCAAACCCUGCACUGACUGCUUUAACAUCCGCGUCUCGGGCCGGGGCCUAGAGGGUGGUCGGAUGUGACGAACUGAAGGAACCAAUAAAUCAUGUUCUUUCACCCGGA